CAGAAGAGCUGAGUUCCCUUUUAAGCAUCAAAAGUACUCAAAGAUCAUACAUCAACGUAACGCGGAAGGCCAGUGUGUAGAGACCGAAAAGUUAGGGCAAUGGCUCUUACAGGAAAGCUGAUAGCUCAUGUAGAGAUGAAUUCAGGUGGGAGAGUGUUGCAUGAUCUCUUAAGGCACAACCCACACGACAUAGCUUCCAUAUGUCCCCAUAAGGUCCAUGGCUGUGAUUUGGUAAGUGGUCAAAGAGGUGCCGUUGGAUCCACCAUUUUGUGGCACUAUACCCAUGAUGGAAAACAGCAUAGUACAAAAGAGUUGAUUGAAGAAAUCGAUGAGGCCAACCAGAAAAUCGUGUUCAAGGUAAUUGAAGGAGAGCUAGUGGAGGAGAUAUACAAGACCUUCAAAAUAACGUUUCAAGUUGAACCAAAGCAGGAUGGAAAACAAUUGGGCACUUGGACCUUUGAGUUUGAGAAGCCGAAUGUUAACGUACCCGAUCCAACUUCUUUGUUGGACUAUAUUUGCGGAAUUACCAAAGAUAUGGAUGACCACUCCGCCACUAAAUGGCAUCAAUAUAUUUUUCACACAAAUCUUUCAAAUAAACAAUUGAGUUUUUUCUUAAGGAUGGCACUGUCAGGAAAGUUAAUCGGGCAUGUAGAGAUCAGUUCAGGUGGGAAAGUGCUCCAUGAUCUCUUGAGGCACGAACCAAACAACCUAUCUUCCAUUUGCCCCGAGAAGGUACAUGGUUGUGAUUUGAUAAGCGGUGAAAGAGGUGCUGUCGGAUCCAUCAUUUUGUGGCACUAUACCCACGAUGGAAAAAGGAAAACUGCAAAAGAGAUAAUUGAAGCAGUCGAUGAGACAAACCACACCGUUGUGUUUAAGGUAAUCGAAGGAGAGAUAGUCGAGGAGAUAUACACAGCAUUUAAAUUAUCGUUUCACGUUGAACCAAAGCAGAAUGGAAAACAACUGGGCAUUUGGACCUUUGAGUUUGAGAAACCAAAUGUUAGUGUGCCCUAUCCAACUUCUUUGAUGGACUAUCUUUGUGAUCUUAUCAAAGACAUGGAUGACCAUGCAUGCACCACUAAAUAGGCUGGUCUCCAACUUCAAGUAACUCAACGGAUGGGUAUGUUAUGUUAUGUAUGUGUUUACCUAAUAAAAACCUCAAGUAUAUGCAUGGAAGUAUGUUCAUGGACAUGUAUGAUGCAUUAAGUAUCGGGGUAAUGAUGUUUAUGUCGUAAUGUUGGUUCCACUGUUCCUUUUUUUUAUUGUUUGUAAUAUGAAUAUAUGAAAUCCUUAAGUUCUGUUUGCGAU